CUGGGGCCUGCUCCCCGGAGCCUUUGGAGGGCAUCGCAGACCUUUGGAGACCUAUGUUGCUGGCCCCCUGGAACCCAGGACAUGGCAGAUGGGGCGCAGGCCAACCCCAAAGGGUUCAGGAAGAAGGUGCUGGUUAGAUGCCCCUCUGGGUGGAGGGGCUCAAACCUCAGGACCUCUUGUCUUUUGAGAACCUCCAGGUCUAGCCUGGGCAUGAAGAAGUUCCUCACCCUCGCCCUCCUGGCCAGCUGCAUCCUGUCUGCAGCCCAGGGCAGCCUGUUCAACUUGAGGGACAUGGUGGAAACCGUCACUGGGAGGAAGGCCAUCCUGUCCUUCGUGGGCUAUGGCUGCUACUGCGGGCUGGGGGGGCGUGGCCAGCCCAAGGAUGAGGUUGACUGGUGCUGCCAUGCUCACGACUGCUGCUACGAGAAGCUCUUAGAUCAGGGCUGCCGCCCCUUUGUGGACCACUAUGACUACAUCAUUGAGAAUGACACCGAGAUAGUCUGCAGUGAGCUCAACAAGACAGAGUGUGACAAGCAGACAUGCGAGUGUGACAGGAGCGUGGUUCUGUGCAUCAAGGACAAGCCCUACAGGGAGAAGCACCGCAGCUACCUCAACGUCUACUGCCAGGGCCUCACGCCCAGCUGCAGCAUCUACGACCCGCACCACUGUGGACACGGGUCUCCAGCAGCUCCCAUCCCUCCCUAGCCCUGCUGAGGUCUGAGAGAGAAGAGCUGGUGGGGAGGAGUCUGGCUCGGGGACCAGAUGGAUGGAGCAGGGUGGGGCUCGGGGCCAGGCCAGGGGCCAAGAGCUGCCCACUGCCUCUUCCCAAGCCCAGGAACAACACCAGGACAUUGGCGUUGCCCUGGCAGUGCCCCUGUGGACACUGUCACUGGGGAGGGAGAGAAGGAGGA